UCGGCAGCAUCAGCAGUGGUGGAGUAUCCUAAAUUCCCGGCCACGCGCAACCAAUAUGUCAACGGCUCUGCUCGCCCUCUUUGCCGUCAUCCUUUGCAUCCUAUUCAGGAUACUCAAUGUUAAUAGCGCCUCUCAGAAGCCGGUGCUCGUCUGCAAGGACCACAGUUUCCUAACCAGCGUACUCAAGAUCGCACCCGUCAUCUCCGAGCCGUAUAAGCCAACGAGAUUAUGGGGAUUCAGUGGCCACGUGCAAACGAUUGUCCAUAGUAUAAUAGGCAGAGUCCGAUGCCCAUGGCCCAUUGGUGAACGAGUUUAUAUUGCACUUCAAGAUGGAACGACGCUUACCUACGAUUUGUAUCAACCUCUAAGUAAUGGUCACGAAGACGAUGUAACGAUAUGCAUUUGUCCUGGAAUUGGAAAUAGCUCUGAGAGUGUCUACAUCAGGACAUUCGUGCAUUUUGUUCAAUGUCACGGAUAUCGUUGCACCGUUCUCAAUCACGUAGGAGCUUUAUCAAGUGUCAAGGUUACCGCACCUAGAAUUUUUACCUAUGGCCACACCGAUGAUUAUCAUACAAUGAUGAAAAAUUUAUUAGAGAAGCACCGAAAUACGAAAAUAGUUUGCGUUGGCUUUAGCCUUGGUGGUAAUUUAGUAACAAAAUAUAUGGGCGAACAUGGAACGAAUAAACUUCCAAACAUUAUCGGCGGUAUCUCCAUUUGCCAAGGUUAUAAUGCUCUUGAAGGGACGAAGUAUUUAUUAAACUGGACCAACUUUAGACGAUUUUAUCUCUAUGUCAUGACAGAAUCCGUAAAAAACAUCAUUCUGAGGCAUAAGAAUGUAUUGCUAUCGGAAGAAGUGAAAAUAAGGCAUAAACUUAACGAAAAGGAUAUUGUAUCCGCUGGUACCUUACCAGAAUUAGAUGAAGCUUACACAAGAAAAGUACAUAAUUUUAGAUCUUUAAAUGAUCUAUACAAAUGGAGCAGCUCAAUAUUUUAUCUUGAAAAUAUUACCACACCAAUGGUGUUUAUCAACGCUUUAGAUGAUCCCAUCGUUCCUGAAUCACUUCUUUUGCCUAUAAAGGAAUUAGCUGCAACAAAAUCAAACUGUCUGUACAUUGAAUUGGCACACGGCGGUCAUCUCGGCUUUUACGAGGGAGGCCUCCUUUAUCCAAAUCCGAUUACUUGGUUGGAUCGUACUCUCGUCUCCCUUGUCGGCUCUCUGACGCUCGUCCACUCCGAUCGAGCUUUCAAAGCAUUUUAAAAGCAACUGCAAAGAAUAAAAUCUGGUCUCGAUGUUUUUCAUGCAAUACGAAGAGCGUGUCAUGUUUACAUAGAGGAACAGAAUUAUAAAAACA